UGUGGUAAUGUUAAAUUAAGGAACUACAGCGUUGUUCCUCGAUCUGGGCGCCUUAGGCUUCCAUUCCAAUUCAAGCAUUGCUUGUCUGAACGACAAAGCAACAGGGAAAGAAAAAUAUAAGCAAAAUCAGAAAGCUAACUCUUUUACUCUGUUUUCAUUUCUCUCCCUUCUUUUGGGAUUACUUCAGAGGAUAUUUAAUGACAAUCAGUUUUGUAUUUCAUUCAAGACGAAAAUCUAUCGCCAUUCCCACAAUGGGGUUCUUGUUGAUGAGUUUCGCUGCUUGGCCCCACACUUUUCUUAGCCUUCACUCACAAAUUUUUCUGAGUCACUCUGUUGUGUAUAUAUAUGGAAGAUGUUAUGACACUUUGCCUUCAGAACCAGAGAUUCUCCAACUUUCGCUCUUACUGUAAGAAAAAUGUCUUCACCAUCACUGUUCAUAGUGACUCAAAAUUGUUUGAUGAUGAAUUGAUUUUGUUAUUCUUUUUCUUUUUCCUAGUUGAAGGUCUUCUGGUUGAUUUUUAUUGGGUUAGAAGUCUGAAAAAGCUAUGGGAGACUUACCAAUGAUCAAUGAAGGAAACCACUCUGAGGCAUGCAUUUUUACUUCUCUAUAUUCAGCAUGUUUUCAAAUUGUUCUGUUGCUUUUUCUUUUUCGUUUGCUAAAAAGAAGAGCCAUGUAUUUACCACAUUGAAAUGUUAAGGUGUGUGAAUAGGAAAUUAUAGCAAAUAAUAGCUUAUAUUUUAUUUGAAAGGACCUUCAACUAUGCCUGAUCGAGUUAUAUUUUAUUUGAAAGGACCUUCUCCCGGAGUUGAUCUGCUUAUAAAAUCAGUGAACAUCCAAGAACUUAAAUUCGAUGAUGAAAACAUCAUAAUAAAUCCCCAGUUUGAUGAUGGCCUGAAUAAUUGGACUGGAAGAGGCUGCAAGAUUGCCUUACAUGACUCCAUGGGAGAUGGGAAGAUUCUUCCGAAGUCUGGUAAAUUCUUUGCAUCUGCAACAGAACGUACCCAAAGCUGGAACGGAAUUCAGCAGGAGAUCACAGGAAGAGUGCAGCGCAAGCUUGCCUAUGAGGUUACUGCAUUAGUUCGGAUAUUUGGGAACAGUGUCACCACUUCUGAUGUAAGGGCUACUUUGUGGGUUCAAGCACCGGAUCUUCGCGAGCAGUAUAUAGGCAUUGCCAAUGUGCAGGCAACAGAUAAAGAUUGGGUCCAAAUGCAAGGAAAAUUCCUCCUAAAUGGUUCCCCAUCAAAAGUAGUAGUUUAUUUAGAAGGUCCUCCUGCGGGCACUGACAUUCUUGUCAAUACUUUGGUUAUAAAACAUGCAGCUAAAACACCACCUUCAACACCACCAGAUUGUGAGAUUGCUGCUUUUGGUGUUAACAUAAUUGAAAACAGUAAUCUGGGUGAUGGCACCAAUGGAUGGUUUCCACUUGGGAGUUGUACUUUGAGUAUUGAGAGUGGUUCGCCGCGUAUAAUUCCAUCAAUGGCAAGAGACUCUCUUGGGCCUCAUGAAUCCUUGAGCGGCCGCUACCUUCUUAUAACCAAUCGCACACAAACAUGGAUGGGUCCUGCUCAGAUGAUCACUGAGAAAUUGAAACUCUUUCUAACUUAUCAAGUAUCUGCUUGGGUCAGGGUUGGUUCCGGAUCAACUGGGCCUCAGAAUGUUAAUGUUGCCCUUAGCGUUGAUGAUCAGUGGGUCAAUGGAGGUCAAAUUGAGAUUGCUGAUGGCAGGUGGCACGAAAUUGGUGGGUCUUUUAGAAUUGAAAAGCAGGCAUCUAAGGUUAUGGUUUAUAUUCAAGGACCUUCUUCUGGUGUUGAUUUAAUGAUUGCUGGACUUCAAAUUUUUGCUGUUGAUAGACAAGCAAGGUUUAAGUAUCUGAGGAGGCAGACAGAAAAGAUCCGUAAGCGUGAUAUUACUCUAAAAUUCUCUGGGCUGGAUUCAAUUGGAAAUCUUGGAACCUUGGUGAGAGUCAGACAAAUACAAAAUGAUUUUCCCAUGGGAACGUGCAUUAGUAGAAGCAAUAUUGACAAUGAAGAUUUUGUGGACUUUUUUGUGAAACAUUUUAACUGGGCAGUUUUUGGUAAUGAGUUGAAGUGGUACUGGACUGAGCCACAACAAGGGAAUCUGAAUUACAAGGAUGCCGAUGAAAUGCUAGACUUAUGCCAGAAAAACAAGAUAGACACUCGGGGCCAUUGUAUCUUCUGGGAAGUAGACGGCACUGUUCAGCAAUGGGUCAAAUCACUGAAUAAAACUGAUUUGAUGAAAGCUGUCCAAAAUCGCCUGAAUGGCUUAUUGACUCGCUACAAGGGUAAAUUCAGACACUAUGAUGUCAACAACGAAAUGUUGCACGGUUCGUUUUAUCAGGACAAACUAGGUAAGGAUAUAAGGGCAAACAUGUUCAAGACAGCACACCAACUGGAUCCAUCUGCUACUCUUUUUGUGAAUGACUAUCAUGUUGAAGAUGGAUGUGACACCAGAUCAUCCCCAGAAAAGUACAUUCAACAUAUUCUUGAUUUGCAACAGCAAGGUGCCCCAGUUGGGGGAAUAGGAAUUCAAGGUCACAUAGAUAGUCCUGUGGGACCUAUUGUCAGUUCUGCCCUUGAUAAAUUGGGCACUCUUGGUAUACCAAUCUGGUUUACUGAGCUUGAUGUGUCUUCCACCAAUGAAUAUGUCAGAGCUGAUGAUCUUGAAGUUAUGCUGCGGGAAGCUAUGGCACACCCUGCCAUAGAUGGUGUAAUGCUCUGGGGUUUUUGGGAGUUGUUUAUGAGCCGGGAAAAUUCACACCUGGUGAAUGCCGAAGGAGAACUCAACGAAGCUGGGAAAAGAUUCCUUUCUCUCAAACAAGAGUGGUUAUCUCACAGCCAUGGUUAUGCUGAUGCGCAAGGGCAAUUCAGCUUCAGAGGCUUCAGUGGAACAUACAACGUCGAAGUUGUCACCUUAGCAAAGAAAGUUUCUAAGACAUUCGUUGUUGACAAGGGUGACUCCUCAGUGCUGGUAUCAAUCGAUUUAUAAGCGUCUUCUUCACCAUGGAAUUUGUAUUUCCUGGUUGUCUUAUCUAGUAUUCUGAUUUUCAACAUUUUUUUAACUCUUUGUGCGAUUCGCUGAAUACCAACUUGGUUAUGCAAUGUUUAUGUUUGAUUGUUGAAACUGCCAUCGUCGAAAAAAAAUACGAUUUACUGAUGUAAACCUUUGUUUGUGUUAUGUCGCAACUAAACAUUGAACCAUCUUUAUUUCAACUAAGUUGUUUCA